CGUGAUUUUUUUUUUUUUAUCAUAAUUCGAUGAUUAUGUGACUAAAUUUGUUGAAUUUGGAAUAUAUUAGGUUAAUUUCUGAUUUUAUUCGGGGAAUUUGGGGGUUAGGGUUUUCCAUUUCGCGUUUCUUGGUGCAGUGAAUUUAAUUUUUUUGUUAUUUCUUUUGAGCUAGAAGUUUCUCAGAGAUUGAAUUGGAUUGAAUUUUCUGUCAUGGUUUUGUCAGAAAUUUGAUUACAUAAAAAAAGGUUGAAUAUUUGGUUCACUGUAACAUAUUUUCCUAAUCUCUCCACGAAUUGUGAUAUGAAAAAAGCGAAUUAUGGUCGGUUUUCGCCUAUUUUUGGCCCAUUGUGGCGAACCGCGAACUGAAAAGCGAAUUGAAUAGUGAAUUAUUCAUGGAUUAUGGGAAGUUAUGAUGCGUGAUUCUUCUUUUCCGUUUUUCGUGCAAUUGUGAAUUUGCUGAAAUUUUUGGAGACAUUUGAUACUAUUUGGUAACAGUUUUGCAAUCAGUGUUACUUAACCUACUCUGGUUUUGGUGAGUCACAAGAAGUUAAUUCUUAGGUAUAGAAGUUGUGGUAGUUAAGUAGUUAUAUCGUCGUCUUAGUUUGGAUUUUAUUUAUUUAUCGAGCUCGUCAAUGGUUAUAUGGAAACCUCAAUCUUUUAGCUGGGGAAUGUGAAGUUCUGUCUUUAUCUCUAUAUAGUGUCAUCAAAGACACAAAUAUGGCAAGUUCUGAUGACGAGAUGGAGGAGUUGCCGGAGUCUGUUACAAACUAUUACUUUGUUGAUGAUGCUGAGGAACCCAUUUCAUUCUCUGUUCUGCCUAUAAGCUGGAAUACAAGUGAGACAAUCCAGGGCUCAGAAAAGCAGAUAUACGUGCGUGGCAAUGCUGAUGGCGGGCUGGACAAAAUUUAUAAGCCUGUGAGAGCUUGGAAGUUUGAUAUUUCCGGGGUAAAAUCAGAGAUAUCAGUUCUUUCCAAGGACAACUGGAUCAAACUUCAAAAGCCAAGGCAAGCCUAUGAGGAAUUUAUUAGGACAGUGUUAAUAACUGUGAAUUUCCUUCACGUGGUGCAAAAAAAGCCAGAGCUGUCUGGGAAGCGUAUUUGGGAGAAGCUGUCAAAAAUUUUCGGCUUGUAUGAUGUCAUCCCUUCUCCAAAAGACCUUGUGAGUCACAGGUCAUUGAUUGAGCAAGCUGCAAAGCAGAAUGAGUCAUUAAAGAAAUCAAAGUACUUAAUAACAGUUCUUGAGAGAAAGUCACAAAAGAAGCAUGAAGCUGAUGAGGAUGGUUUAGCUCAAGAAAAAAGUGAGUUUGUGGUUAGUGACAGUGGUUAUUCAUCAGAUGAUAUUGAGAAUGAUUCCGGCGAUGAGCAAGAUGGUUCUGAUGGUGAGCAAGAGGGCUCUGCUGAUGAGGAAGAUGGCGAAGAUGAGCCUUUUGAUUCAGUUUGUUCCAUUUGUGAUGAAGGAGGUCCCCUUUUGUGUUGUGAAGGAAGUUGCAUGAGAUCCUUUCAUGCUACACCUAGAUCCGGUAAACCAUCUAAAUGCUCUUCUCUUGGUUUUACUGAGAAGGAAGUGCAGGCUAUGCCUUACUUCAAAUGCCAAAAUUGUAAGUAUAAGCUACAUCAGUGUUUCUCGUGUGGGCAGUUAGGCUCUUCAGAUAAAGAGAAAGGUGUUGAGGUAUUUCAAUGUGUUAAUGCAACCUGUGGGUACUUUUAUCAUCCCCAUUGUGUUGCUAAACGAUUGCAUGGGAGUAAUGAAGAUGCUGCAAAAGAACUCAUGGAGAAAAUUCGUGCUGGAGAGUCGUUUACUUGCCCCCUUCAUAUCUGCAUUGCUUGUAAACACACAGAGGAUAAGACUGACCCUAAACUGCAGAUGGCAGUUUGUAGACGUUGUCCUAGAGCAUAUCACAGAAAAUGUUUACCCAGGAAGAUUGCUUUAGAAGAAGAUGCAGAUGAAGACUCAGGCAUUCUACAAAGGGCAUGGGAAGGUUUAUUGGUAGACCGCAUUUUGAUGUAUUGCUUGAAGCAUGAGAUCAAUGAUGAUUUAGGGACUCCUGCAAGAGACCAUAUCAAGUUUCGUCCUGAUGUUAAGAAGGUGAAGGAAUCUUCAGCUGGAGAUUUAAAGGAAGACAAAGUUGCACCAAAGAAGAAAGUGCUGUCUUCGAGGGCUUCUCAGCCACCACCUUCUUUGGAGUCUAGGAAAAGGACUUUUGAAGACAGCAUUACGAAGACUGACAGAAAGGUUCCUAAACUUGAAAAAAGUAACUCAUCCAGGAAUUUGCCAUCUGAUAAGAAGUCUGUUUUGACAAAAAUUGAUGGAGCUUCUGGAGUAGAAGAGCACAAGUACUCUCAGCAGUUUGAUGUGGUCAGGCCUUUUAAGGCUGAGAAACUUGAAAUUGAAUCAACCAAAACAAGUAAAAGUGCAGUGGAACAGAUUAUGCAACAAUUAGAUUCUGAUUCAGAAAGGAGGAUUCUUGAUUUAAUGAAUGAAGCUUCAUCUGUAAUCACUAUGGAUGAUAUCAUCGCGAAACAUGAAAAAUUAAUUACUUGCCGUUCAUAUAAGCAGAGAAUGGAUCCCUGUAGGAGUAUUACGCUAGGGAAAGUGGAUAAAUACUGUGAGGCUGUUCUUGCAGCUCUUAAGAAAAUUGAUGGAGGAUAUAAAGAAGAUGCAAAGAAUAUCUGCGAGCCGUCGGUUUUGAAUCAGUUGGUUAAGUGGAAGAGUAAGCUCAGAGUUUACCUUGCUCCUUUCAUAUAUGGUAUGCGCUAUACAUCGUUUGGUCGUCAUUUCACCACAGUUGAGAAGCUUAAAGAGAUUGUCGAUAUAAUGCAUUGGUACGUCAACGAUGAUGACACGAUAGUUGAUUUUUGCUGUGGAGCUAAUGAUUUCAGCUGGAUUAUGAAACAAAAGCUUGAAAGCAGAGGCAAAAAAUGCAAUUACAAGAACUAUGAUCUUUUCCGACCAAAGAACGAUUUCUGCUUCGAGAAAAGGGAUUGGAUGGGUGUUCAACCUAGUGAAUUGCCGACUGGGACGAAGUUGAUCAUGGGGCUAAAUCCUCCUUUUGGGGUUAAAGCAUGCCUCGCGAACCAGUUUAUUAACAAGGCCCUUUCUUUUAAGCCAAAGCUCCUUAUUCUUAUUGCCCCCCCUGAAACAGAAAGGCUGGAUAAAAAACAUACUGCGUAUGACUUGGUGUGGGAGAAUAAACAUCAACUAGCGGGGAAGGCAUUUUAUCUUCCUGGAUCUAUUGAUAUAAAUGACAAACAAAUGGAAGAUUGGAAUAUUGUGGCACCAUUUCUUUAUCUUUGGAGCCGCCCUGACUGGACUAAUAAACAUAAGGAAAUAGCAAAGAAGUAUGAUCACCUGCUCGGAGAAUACAAACAGAACAACUCUGCAAGCAGGCUGGGUCGUGAUUUGUCAUUCAAGAAUCAUGGUCAGAGCUCUACACCGAUGAAUAUUGACCAUGCUUCUCCCCAAACUAAUCCACCUGAAAGCCUUAAGGAGAAAACAGUGGGUGGGAAUGAAGAUCCUAAGGAGCGAUUUGCGAGCAAGGACCAUCCUGUAGGCAGGCAAGUAAAUGCUACCCCGGGGAAUAAUAGAAGUAGGAAGAAUGCAAAGAAAAAGAGGCGUAAUGCGACAAUGCAUGUAGCAGGAGGGAGUUCUGUAUAUUCUCAGGACCAGAAACGACGGCGCUCUUCUCAAGAUAUACCUUAUGAAGUCCAUCAUCACUCCCCUCAUGGUACUAGAGAUGGAAGGGAACCCCAUAAUUUCAGGCAUCAUCUGGGAUCUCCACCUAACUUUGAGCCUGCCCAUCGUGGUGAGAGCCGAUUCUCUGUGGAGAACAAACACUCUUCCAGGUAUCUCAACGCCCCCUCAAAUGUGCAGAUUGGAGAUCCGGUUCCUAAUCACGAUCACCCCGCCACCCCAAAUUACGGAACAAGGACUUAUGAGGAUCCUUAUCAUGGUGACACGACAUCAAACCACCUUCCUCAAGAUGAUCAGUAUCCAAGUAGGAGAGAGAGAUGGUCAGAGGAUGCAAGUCCUCUUCCUGUUUAUCCUCAUCCUCAUCCAGUAGGCUCGACCUUAGCAUACAUGAGACCAGAUCACAGCUAUGGGAUCAACCAGUCUUACAGUGAAGGUGUUGAACAACGCUUUACAGCACCGUCAUAUUUGACAGAAUCAUCUGCUCACAACGAUAGAGUGAAUCCUAUGUCAGCCAUGGAUAAAUAUAACAUUAGACUGGAUGAACCGAGCCAUCCGAGGAUGGGUCAUGGUGGUUAUGGUCAUGGUCCUCCAGACCUGGGCCCUAGGUCCGUUGGUGCUAGUUUCUACCAUCAUCCUCAACCCCUUAGACAGGGUUAUCCUGGCAUUCCCAUGGACUUUGCCCCAGGUCCCGCCAAUCCUUUCCUUCCUCAUGGUUCGUCAGGUGGUUGGAUAUAUGAUUAGAUUAUGGCAGCAUUACUUGCUCUUUCCAAGCGAAGAUUAUUUCACUGCUGGUUUGUGGCCCUCGUUUCUUGUAAGUUAUGGUCAGGAGAUAUUUGUAGCAAACUCUGGUAUCUUUCUAGUAUGCCAUAUAGAGGGGCUACUGGCGGCAAUACUCGUCUUGUCCCUAAUCAUACAUUUGACAGGUCUGUCUUUUAACGGUUGUUAUUCUGACAUAACUUUGGAUGUUAAUAUCUGAUUUUGUUAAUGUUAGUGUUUCUUUAUCUUGUAGUACUUCAUAUAGGUGAUAGUUUGUUAUAUAAAUCUCUUCUCAUCGUUGGUUU